AUGUCUGAUACUGACACAAGAGAGAAAAGAGGUGCUGGAGGCGAAGUUGAAACUUUCAAAGCUAGACUGGUCGCCAAGGGUUAUACCCAAAGAGAAGGUGUGGACUAUGAGGAAACUUUUAGUCCGGUUGCCAUGCUCAAAUCCAUUCGAAUUCUUCUCUCCAUAGCUGCCGCUUUAGAUUAUGAAAUUUGGCAAAUGGAUGUCAAGACAGCCUUUCUUAAUGGGCUUCUUGAAGAAACCAUCUAUAUGGAGCAACCAGAAGUAUGUUCUUCCCGGCGGGAGAAUAAAGUUUGCAAAUUAAAUAGGUCCAUAUAUGGACUUAAGCAAGCUUCUCGCUCAUGGAAUAAAAGGUUUGAUGAGAUCAUCAAAACCUACGGCUUUCAUCAGAAUGAAGAUGAACCUUGUGUUUACCAACUCAAGGAAAACCAAGUAGUAGUAUUCCUGGUCCUUUAUGUUGAUGACAUUUUGAUCAUUGGCAACAAUGUCAAGAAAAUGACUCACAUCAAGGAAUGGCUUGACACUCAAUUCGACAUGAAAGACUUGGGUGAGGUAGCCUAUGUUCUCAGUAUUCAGAUUGCGUUUUCAGAGGUCAUGUUUCUUGAAAUCACACCUGUAGCUAAGAUCAUUGUUCGAGCUCAGCCAACUGUAGUUUCCAAGCCAAGAGUUCACUUCUUGUUGCACCUGCUUAGUGAAGAUGCAUCUAUAGAAAAUGUGCUCCGGCAGAAACUUGCUAAGAAAAUCACGAGUAAGCAGUUGGGUGUUGAUGAUUUGCCAAUAAACAAAUCUAUGUUUUGGCAGCAGAAGGUUGUCCCAAAUGCCUCUUGA